CGGUGGCGGGAUGUCGCACGCGCGUCUCGGGGGCAUCUCGGCUGGCCCGGCUUCGCGAGGGCCCGGCAGGUAUCGGUGGAUGGAUCCGGCGCUGGCUGAAGCCGCCGUAGAAACCGGCUUCUGGUUUGGUGGCAGCCGGCAGCGGCGAUGCAACGCAGCUCCCCGUGCGGAGGCAUGAAGCCGCUCCGAGAACCGGGCCAGGGGUACCAGCGGCUUUAUACGAUGCGCCGAGGGGCUUCCCCCUGAUUUGGCCUGGGUGGCUUGCAACGAUCCGGAGGAAACAAACAAAAAACUAAAGCGCGUUUCCUCCCCCUAUAAUGGGACCGGGCAUCGGAGGUUAUCCCGUCUCCUUGCACAGAGGGAGCCUGCAAAACCUGGUUCAUGAAACCCACGAAGGGAGCGGAAUGGUAACUUUAAGAUCUGUGGACUUCCACGCCCAGAAUUCCCCACCAGCCUGGACAUCUAUGUUUCUGAAUCUUGGCUUCCUCUGUGUUGCUGGAUUGCAAUACCUGGAAUUGGAGGCUAUGCAGCUUGGAAUUCUGGAAGUUAAAGUCUCAGAAAGUUCCAGUGGAGGAAAGAACCACUCAAGCACAAAAGAACUAAAGAAAUCAACGUUUCUAAAACCUUCUUCCAAGAGGCCAGCGAAAAACACAUCUGCUGUUGCAGAAAAGACUCCCGUAGAGGCUACAGACAGACAGAUAACAGCUCAAUACAAAGAAAAAAAGCAGGUUUAUGAAGGGCAUCCACCAAACAGAGUGCCCAGGUUGAAAAGAGAACUUCCUGUUAGAAAAAGUCACGAGGCCGGGGGCAACAAAACUCUUACUGCAUUUAAAGAUGUCUUGUGGAGUCCUUUCAGCGGGACAGAAGAUGCGAGGAUUCAGGGGUUUUAUGGCGGACCAAAAGGCGAUUUGGAAAGGAACUCGGGAGAGGAGGUGGAGGAAGCAGGCCCCAGCGCUCUUUCCUGUCAGAAGGUUACGACCGAGGCCAUGUUUCUGGACUUCGGAUCUUUGCAAAUGAUGAAAGAGGAAGACUCCGAGGAAGACGACGCCAGCGACCUUUCCGAUUCCGAAAGAAUUCCUAUCCCUCCGUCGCCUUGCUCUCCACCAGAGCUCAAUCUGCGAGCUGAGGAGAUCGACCCUCUUUGCUUUGAGCACCACUUCGAGACGCAACGGAAGCAACCGGACUACCGUUACCCGGACUUCCUCCCGCCACCUUUUAACACCUGGGACUUGAAAGGGUUGGCUGCGUUCAUCAACACCGAGUGCAAAUCGGAACCCCGGCCGGAACCGACUGGAUUUCUUGAGAAGUACGUGGAUCGUAUUUUGGAGCUGGAAUGGCUGCAAACGCAAACCGUACAAGCGGAGAAAGGAAAGGGUACCAAAGCUCGGGCUCAGACUGCUCCUAGCGUCCUCCGGUCCCUGAAAAGUUCCGGCAAAAGCAAGUUAUUGCACAGCCCUUUAGCCAAUAAACAGUUGACGCUCCCUGGAAACUUUCCAAGACUCCCCAAUGCAGGUCUCAAAAAGGACUUCCAUGGGGACAAAACCAGCCAGGUGGCAUCCCUUGAGAGUCAGUUAAAGGGCAAUGGACCCCCCAACCAAGGCUCAUCAGCCCACCAGAGGAGACCAUCGGAAGCGAAGAACGAGACCAAAAAGCGGCCUGCCCUGAAGCAGCAUUUGGCCAGUAUGCCUUCUUUUGAGAUGCAGGAGUCCCCCAUGAUCCAUGGAGCUGGUAACAUGAGACCACCCAAGCCGUCUUCUUCAUUCCACGGCUCCACCGUCCCCCUUAAGGGGUUACCAGCCCAUAUAUGUCCAAAUCCCAAGAAUGGAAAGAUGAAUAAUUACACACCUCCCAAAAAGGCCUCAGCAGAUCCCAAGCUAAAAGCAAACGGCCUGAAACAAACACGGUGCAAAUUUAAAUAAUGCUGGGGCGGUGGGGUUUAUUGCUUUGGUACAGCAAGGUCCGGCACCUCCAUUUUCCUUGUUGCAGGAAGAAUGUAGAAUGGUGGUUCUUGAACUUCGAAGGUAGACUUUCACAGGGAGACGCCAUCCUGUGCUCGACUUCUCAUCCUAUGUUGUGAUUGGUGCCCUGAAGACAAGAAUUGUGAUUCAUCUCUUCCUCAACUACACUAUUGGGCACAUAGGUAUCCUCGCCCUUGUGAUGUUUGCAAUUACAGUGUGAGAUUUUUGGUCUUCCUGGGACUCCUUCCAUAAGCAUUGUAACAUCAAAUCCGUGGCACGACAAAACCGUGCUCCACUAAAGCGCACCCGAUUAAACCGCGUCGCUGACGU